CUCAGCUGCCGCUGCCCCGGCUGCUGCGCCCGGACUGUUACACGCGCUCUGGGCGCACAGAUACUACAGCUCGCUCGCUCCCUCCCUCCCACUCUGCGCUCUCCAGGCAGCCUCUGCUCCUGCUUCUGCUGCUCCCUCUCGCCCCUCUAGGACACAGCAUUUGCUCUGCCCAUUCCUUGGAAGUGGUUUUGCUCCGCUGGGCUCCGGCCCCACUGUAAAGCAGCAGGCAGACUCCUCCUGCCACCCGGCAGGGAGCUGCUGCAAGCUUUCCUGCCGCUCCGCUCCCCUCCCCUCCCUUCCCUGCCUCCCACAACCUCGGACCCACACCCUGGGAAGAGGCAGCUGAGCCACACACCGCCCUCCAAAGACCUUGUGCGAUUCAGUGCACCAGCCAUUUAGGACUGGGAACAGCAGCAGCAGCUCAUUACAAACCAGGACCGGAGCCACACAGCCCUGCCAAGUCGCCUGCUCCUUCCGCGUGGGUUUCAGGCCAGUGAAGUGGAUGGAGAAGAAAACAGGGAUGCGACUGAGCCACAUUUGCUGCAUUUUUUAUCAGCUGUGUUUCCUGUCAAGUGGAAUAAUUUCAGGUCUGCAUGCUUCAGGAGACUCUGAGGAAUGGGAGAUUGUCUUCCCAGCACUGUGGAGCAGGGGCCAGCAGGAACCGGCUGGAGGCAGUGGUGGAGGAGGCAGCUGCAGUACUGAUCCCAACUGUGGGAAUAAAAGCAGCACGAGCAAUGCUCCCACCACCGCUAGUCCAGUGGCAGGCAGCUCCCGUGAGGUUCGUUCAGUCUCCUCUUCAGUAGACAGGCAGCCACAGCCGGCUGGAGAGGCAGCGGAGGAGGAGGACACAGAAGAUGAGUAUGAGUCUCAGGAGUUCUAUCACUGGUCUCCACUUCCUCAAGGAUCUGGUGCUACUUCUCAGCUACCCCCACCACCUUCCCCACCUCCACCUCCUCCUUCAGAGGAUGGGGAUGAGGUGCUGCUGAGAAUCCCGGCCUUUGCCCGGGAGUUCUACCUGCUGCUUAAGAGGGACAGCCGCUUCCUGGCCCCUGGCUUUGCAGUAGAGGAGCGUCUCAGGGGCGAGGGGAAAAAUCCUCCAGGUGCUGCGCAAUCUCAGCCUGAGAGAGCCUGUUACUACAGUGGUGCUGUGCUUCACUACCCUGGCUCCUUCGCAUCUUUCAGUACUUGUGGUGGAUUGAUGGGGUUCAUACAAAUUAACGAGGACUUCAUAUUUAUUGAGCCGCUCAAUCGCACUUUGGCUGUGACAGGUUAUGCACACAGGGUGUACAGAAGGAAAAGGUCUAUAGAGGAGAAAGUUGCUGAAAAUCCAGUUUCUCACACUCAUUACUGUGGUGUUGUUACAGAGAAGAGAAAAUCCAAGAAUCAAAAAGUAUCAGAAAGCGGAAGAAGAAAAAGAUAUUCCUAUAAAUUACCUCAAGUGUACAAUAUAGAAACUGUAGUGGUUGCAGAUCCAGCAAUGGUUCUAUAUCAUGGAACAGAUGCUGCCAGACGAUUUAUUCUAACCAUCUUAAACAUGGUUUUUAAUCUUUUCCAACACAAGAGCCUUGGAGUGCAAGUGAAUCUUCGGGUGACUAAGCUUGUUCUGCUUCACGAGACUCCAGCAGAUAUGUAUAUUGGUCAUCAUGGGGAAAAAAUGCUGGAGAGUUUCUGUAAAUGGCAACAUGAAGAGUUUGGCAAGAAGAAUGAUAUACAUCUAGAAAUGUCAACAAGCUGGGGAGAAGACUUGUCAUCAGUAGAUGCAGCUAUAUUGAUCACAAGGAAGGAUUUCUGUGUACAUAAAGAUGAACCCUGUGAUACUGUUGGUAUAGCAUAUUUGAGUGGAAUGUGCAGUGAAAAACGAAAAUGUAUAAUUGCUGAGGACAAUGGGCUGAAUCUUGCAUUUACCAUUGCCCAUGAAAUGGGACACAACAUGGGAAUAAAUCAUGAUAAUGACCAUCCAUCCUGUGCAGAUGGCCUCCAUAUCAUGUCAGGAGAAUGGAUUAAAGGCCAGAAUCUUGGUGAUGUUUCAUGGUCCCGGUGCAGCAGGGAAGAUCUAGAAAGAUUUCUCAGGUCAAAGGCCAGUAACUGUUUGCUACAGACAAAUCCUCAAAGCCUCAAUUCUGUGAUUAUUCCCUCCAAACUGCCAGGAGUUACAUACACUGCAGAUGAACAAUGUCAAAUUCUCUUUGGACCAGCUGCUUCCUUUUGUCAAGAAAUGCAGCAUGUUAUUUGCACUGGGUUAUGGUGUAAGGUAGAAGGUGAGAAGGAAUGCAAAACUAAACUGGAUCCACCAAUGGAUGGAACAGACUGUGAAACUGGAAAGUGGUGUAAAGCUGGCGAAUGUACCAGUCGAACCUCUUUUCCUGAACAUUUGGAGGGAGAAUGGAGUGCCUGGAGUACUUGCAGCAGAACUUGCAACACUGGAAUCAGCAGUCGACAACGCAAAUGUCCUGGGCCUGGUCCUGAAGAAGAUUGUCAUGGUCCUCGACUACAAUAUAAAAUAUGUGAGAACCUUUCCUGUCCUGCUGGAGUGCCUGCAUUCAGGGACUGGCAAUGCCAGGCUUUCAGUGUCAGAUCUUCAUAUCAGAAGCACAUACUCCAGUGGCAGGCUGUUAUAGAUGAUGAAAAACCAUGUGCAUUAUUUUGUUCCCCUGGAGGAAAGGAUCAGCCUAUUCUUCUAACAGAAAAGGUCAUGGAUGGGACUUCAUGUGGGCUGCAAGGAUUAGAUAUCUGUGCUAAUGGUAGAUGCCAGAAAUUUGGCUGUGAUGGAAUAUUAGGAUCUCUAGCACGGGAAGAUCAUUGUGGUGUGUGCAAUGGCAAUGGAAAAUCAUGUAAAGUCAUUAAAGGUGAUUUUAAUCAUACUAGAGGAGCAGGUUAUGUUGAAGCCUUGGUGAUACCGGCAGGAGCAAGAAGAAUCAAAGUUGUGGAAGAAAAACCUGCUCAUAGUUACUUAGCUCUUCGAGAUGCCAGCAAGCAGUCAAUUAACAGUGACUGGAAGAUAGAGCAUUCAGGAACUUUCAAUAUUGCUGGGACUACUGUUCAUUAUGUUCGGAGAGGUCUCUGGGAGAAAAUCUCUGCCAAAGGCCCCACAACAUCACCUUUGCACUUACUGGUGCUGCUUUUUCAUGACCAGAACUAUGGUCUACACUAUGAAUACACUAUCCCCCUAGAUCCCCUUCCUGAGAAUCAGAGCUCUAAAGUGUCUGAACCCCUGUUUAUGUGGACACAUUCUAGUUGGGAGGACUGUGAUGCUGUGUGUGGAGGAGGAGAAAGAAAGACAACUGUAUCUUGCACAAAGAUUUUGAAUAAGAAUAUCAGUCUUGUGGACAACAAGAAAUGCAAAUAUUUAACGAAGCCUGAACCACAGAUCCGAAAGUGUAAUGAGCAGCCAUGCCAGACAAGAUGGAUGAUGACAGAAUGGACUCCAUGUUCAAGAACAUGUGGAAAAGGGACCCAGAAUAGACAAGUAGCCUGUACACAGCAACUCAGGAAUGGUACCUUGAUUAGAGCUCGGGAAAGAGAUUGUCUUGGGCCAAAGCCUGCAUCUGCCCAGCGCUGUGAAGGCCAGGAUUGCAUGACAGUUUGGGAAGCUGGAGUGUGGUCUGAGUGCUCUGUAAAAUGUGGCAAAGGAGUGCGACAUCGAACGGUGAGGUGUACCAAUCCCCGCAAAAAGUGUGUUUUGUCCACAAGACCUAAAGAAGCAGAAGAUUGUGAGGACUAUUCUAAAUGUUACGUUUGGAGAAUGGGAGACUGGUCUAAGUGCUCGGUUACCUGUGGCAAAGGAAUGCAGUCUCGAGUAAUCCAGUGCAUGCACAAGAUCACAGGAAGGCAUGGCAAUGAAUGUUUCUCCUCAGAAAAGCCUGCAGCAUACAGACCCUGUCAUCUUCAACCCUGCAAUGAGAAAAUUAAUGUAAACACCAUCACAUCACCGAGGUUAGCUGCUUUAACAUUCAAGUGCCUUGGAGACCAGUGGCCAGUCUACUGCAGGGUAAUACGAGAGAAGAACCUCUGUCAGGACAUGAGGUGGUAUCAACGUUGCUGUGAGACAUGCAGGGACUUUUACGCGCAAAAAAUGCAACAAAAGAGUUGACCUCUGGCAGGCUGGCUGGCUUUCAGCUCUUGUAUACUUAUUUAUAAACACACAUACACACACACAUAAACAUACACAUUCACACUCCAGCACGCUUCUUCAGACCAAAUAUUAUCAGAUUACAUAUAAUUUAAUCAAAUUAAUUUAUUUUGCCUGCCAGACAUCCUUUAUUGUUUUGGUUAGACAUCCUUCUUCUUUUAUCCUCUAAGGUUUUCAUAAUUAAUUUUAUAUGAACAAUUUUGGAUACAUUUAUCAGAAUUUUUAAAAAAAUAAAUCAUUAGUGUAUUUUAAAAGUUUAUUUUCAGUAGGGUCAUCUCUCUGUUGCCAAAAAGCCAUCAUGUUAUCUUGAAUUUAUUUUAAUUUAGCUGAAUAGUUUUGCUGUAUAUGGAAAUAAAGCCCAUUUUUAUUUUAUUUUAUUAUAAUUUUUGGCAUACAGAGUCAGAAUGAUCUUGUGUAUUUUGCAACAGAUGUUAAGGUGACUAAGCUAACAUUAUUGAACAGGUUAUUACAGAAUGUAUUGUGAAAUCAGUUCCUCUUUGAUUUAGGAAUCAUACUGUAGGAGAGAAUCUACUGUAACUUAUAACCUACUAGAAACAAAAAAAAAAUCAAAUAGCAAAGUAGGGAUUUUGAUCAUGCUCAUGAACACAUACUUGAACACAAGUAUUGAAUCAAUGAAACACUGUAGAGAUUUACACUGAAUCACUGUUGCACUGUUUGAGGUAGGAUAGAGAAACACAAUUCUAGAACUUGUACCAUCCUAUGAAAACACGUCUGUACUGUUUUAACAUGUCACUUGAUUUUAAGUGUUUUUAAACAAAAGACCCAUGCCCCUCUAUGCCUUGUGUGUCCUUUCGCAUUUUUAUAAAUAGAAGUGUCCUUGCUCCUGACACUUGUGUAUAAGUUAAUCUGUUAAACAUUUUCACUUUUCUGUGGACUUAGAAGAUAGCCUUGUGAUACUUCUUUAGUUUUACUUUUAUGAAAAAAGUCUUUAUAAAAAAUAAAAUGUUUUGCACUUUUGUGAAACAUUAUGAAACAGCUAAAUUUUCCUUAUGAGAAAAUAUUGUACAUGAUUCACAUGAUUUUUACAUUUUCAAUAAAAAGGUAAAGCUUCUUUCUUCAUUUGUA